UGAGUCCUGAUUACUCGACGAGUAAAUGGGUAUUCACAUUCACAGCAACAGCCUGUCGAACAUGGCCAUCAGUAUAUAGAAUUUGUUAACCGCCUUAUAUAGCUACAUUCUCAUCACUUAUCCAUUCUCAUUCUUUUUGGGCCAAUUCCCCUCAUGAGUGAUCGUUCAUCACAGUGAGACAUUUCCCGCAACACGAGACUCUCUCUCUAUCAGGGGGUCAUUGAUACUACUAUAGAUCGUUUGCUUGCCUCAACUCUCCAGCUUGACCCUCGCCUAUAUCUUUAAGUCAUGGACAAUAAGGCACAUUACCCCUCAGAUUUCCUGGAAGCACGAAGCAACACCCUAACAGACGACGAGGUAAACCACCUGGUCGAGAAGCCGGGAUGCGCAGCCCGCUUCGUCUACGGAGUCCUCAUGCUCCCCACAGUGCUUAAGUACUUCCUGGACGUGCCCCAGACAACGGACAUCGCCAGACGCAUGAUGAGCGCAACCGUGUACGGCUUCAAGCUCUACCAAUUCGGCCCUGACAGCACACCCGUCAUGCUGCCCUCAUCGGAUCCACAGCACCGAGUCGAAGGGAUGCUUAUACUUGGACUGAAUGAAGAGCAGCGCAACAAAGUCUACGAAUACGAGAGCGGGCUUAUGAGGCUGGUAGAUGUGCAGGCGUAUAUCACCCAGCUUGACUCAUUCGAGGGUUAUGAAAUUCGCAGUGUGAGGAUUGUUGAUGCGGGAGCGUUCGUCUGGAACCAGGAGAAGGCGGACGAGGCGAUGAAUGAGCUUUCGUCGACAGAUCAGGGUAUGUAUACCUGGCCAAUAGAUGGACUUGUUUGUAGCCAGUUAUAUCGGAAUAUGUGUGCGGCUCAGCGCGCGUCAACGAUGGAUCUGGCGAGGACGUCGGCAUCGGGUGUUUAGGGGUAUGUCUUGCUUUGCUGGGGAGCAUUGGGUCAAAGGAGUAGACGUUCUAGGCUUGUUUAUCGGGCGUUUGGUUAGUUGGUUGGGUCUAGACUGUCUAUUUGUACGACCACUAUGGUUUGCUUCGGGUGUUGGCUUGGUUAAUAUUUGGAUAUGUGUUACAUGGAUAGAUGAGACCUUCCCUAGCACAGCAA